AUGGAUGCAUUGGUAUCACUUGCUGGAAAUUCUAAUAAGAACUAUAAUCCCGACAGAACCGCAUAUCUAGGAAUUCCCCUUUGGGGUUCUUUUGCUCAAUCGGGUGUUAGUCUUAUAAACCUUAUUCAUCUUGCUUCACAAAAGAUCCGCAAUUUUAGCAAAAACGAUAAAGAUUAUCUUGCCAACCUUGCAUGUACAGCCUGCACCCUGGCUCUUGAAGUUUCCCCUCGAAUUGCAGAAGUAGAUAUCCUGAUAGCAUCUCAUAUGGCAACUGCUAUAGGAGUUUCACUUGAUCGCACAAGUAUCCUUUGCACAUAUCCAUCUGAUCCCAUUCUUGCAUCGGAAGCACUGAAAGGAAUUAUUGAGGUUGGUUGGGAAAACAGCUUGGACACACUGUUGGAACUGUUUAGUCGUGGGGUAGUAAAAGCGGGAGAAAGGGGAGAACUUGCCAAUCGCGUCAUAUUUUGA